UUUGCUUCCCUCUUUCGGCCCUUGCCACUCGCUGUCUUUGGUGAUCGGUCCUUGAUAUCGCUAGGCUGAAAAAAUUUAGCUCCGAAUGCAUCCGCAUGCCGCUUCUGGGCAAUCUGGAACGCAGGCGGAGCAAGUCGCAUGAUCGUCACCAUAAGAGAAUGGGGGAGGAGCGGAGAGGAGAAGGAGAGAUGGGGACGGAGGACCGCCACCUGCGAGUGGGUUGCACCGGUGCAGCGCCGCGCCAAUGAAACUCUGGCGCGAGACGCCGCCGCCACGGAGAGCUGCCUUUCAAACACCGAGCCGGCUGGCACCCCAAACGGCUCUGCUGCCAAGGGCAGGACAAGGCAGGGAGGCAGGGACGGGAAGGAACGGGACGAGAGAGACAGGAGGGAGAGGAAAAGGAGAACGGAGGGUGAGGCUGAGGAGGGGGGUGGGGAAAGAGUGUAUUAGGCCAAGUGACCAAACUUUAAAUGAUGGCGGCUCAUCGAAACGCCGUUGCGAAGGAACGGCUAGUAUAAUUCAGCCGAUCGAAGUCCAACGUGACGCCAAAGAGGUGGACAUGUAGCGCUAAGAGUUUAUUUUGCCAGGAAACGACGAUCCAAGAAACCAAC